UAACACCAAGCAAGCAGCUGUCACAUUGUUAUUAUAUACAUUUUAAACAAUUUAUUUGCUGUUUCCGCUUUUGUGUCUAGGAAAAACUCUGGAAUCUUUGCAAACCUUGCCUUGCCCACAUCAUCAAACUGUAGUGCUCGUUUAACAUUAAAGAAAGAAAAGGUAUGGCUUAAUUUGUGGAAUUAAUUAAUGCUUCCACCCCAAGUUUUAAGAUCUUUCAAGUCCCAUUUUCAAUCACCAAUUAUUCCCAUGUCUUUCUCCUUUCUCCAAUUUCAAAAGACCUGAUCAUGGAUUUAGCUGUUAGCAACAUAUUUGUUGUUGCAACUUUUGUUGUCUUCAAUUUGAUCUUUGGCUUGUCAAGCACCAUGACUGUUCAUUCCUUGUAUCAAACCAAGGUGUUCUUUCCUGAAGAAAGAGAUGCAUUGAUGCAGAUAAGAGAUUCUGUCAGUUCUGCGUUAGAUUUGCAUGGGAAUUGGACUGGACCGCCGUGUAACCAAAAUUCGGGCAGAUGGGCAGGCAUUAUCUGUUCAAAUUGGCAUGUGGUUGGCCUUGUGCUUGAAGGAAUCCAGCUCACAGGUUCUCUCCCACCUACAUUUUUACAGAACAUUACUUUCUUGGCUUAUCUUAAUUUCAGAAACAACUCAAUCUAUGGACCUCUUCCUAAUCUCAGCAAUCUUGUGCUUUUGGAAUCUGUCUUUUUUUCAUACAACCGCUUCACUGGUCCAAUUCCAUCCGAGUACACUGAAUUGCCAAACUUGGAACAAUUGGAGUUGCAACAGAAUUAUUUAGAUGCGGAGAUACCACCUUUUGGUCAACCGACAUUGACCCUUUUCAAUGUGUCCUAUAAUCAUCUUCAAGGCUCCAUUCCUGAUACUGAUGUCCUUCAGAGGUUCUCAGAGAGCUCCUAUGAUCAUAACUCAAAUCUCUGUGGAAUUCCGUUGGAACCAUGCCCAGUUCUGCCUCUUGCUCCGCUCAUACCGCCUCCAUCUCCUCCCAUAAGUCCACCGCAGAGCAAGAAAAGGAAGCUUCCAAUUUGGAUCGUUGUUUUGGUCUCGGUUGUAUCAACCCUUGCUGCAUUGAUGGUCAUGUUUGUUUUUUUGUGUUGUUAUAAGAAGGCACAAGAAAAGGAAACACCAAAAGAACAUCAGGCAGGGGAAGACGGUUCUUCAGAGUGGACAGACAAAAAACCGGCGUAUUCCCGAAGUGCUGAGGAUCGUGAAAGAAGCGUAGAGUUGCAAUUUUUUGACAAGAAUAUACCUGUUUUUGACUUAGAUGAUUUACUAAGGGCAUCUGCGGAAGUGUUAGGAAAGGGGAAACUUGGCACCACAUACAAAGCAAACCUGGAAUCAGGUGCUGUCAUUUCCGUUAAGAGAGUGGAGUACAUGGACAGCUUGAGCAAGAAGGAAUUUAUUCGGCAGAUGCAGCUUCUGGGAAAGAUGAGGCACGAAAACCUUGUGCAAAUAAUCUCCUCUUACUAUUCCAAGGAGGAAAAGCUGAUUGUCUAUGAGUUCGUACCUGGUGGAAGUUUAUUUGAGCUGUUGCAUGAGAAUAGAGGAGUUGGAAGAAUCCCUCUGAAUUGGGCUGCAAGAUUUUCGAUAAUCAAAGACAUAGCCAACGGUAUGGCUUUCCUUCACCAGUCCUUACCUUCUCACAAGGUCCCACAUGCCAACCUCAAAUCAUCUAAUGUACUAAUCCGCAGAGAUCGCCACAGCUACCACUCUAAGCUCACAAACUAUGGCUUCUUGCCUCUGCUGCCUUCUCGGAAAUUAUCCGAAAGGCUAGCUGUUGGCAGGUCACCGGAAUUUUGUCAAGGAAAGAAGCUAACACACAAAGCUGAUGUAUACUGUUUUGGCAUUAUCAUAUUAGAAGUCAUAACAGGGAAGAUUCCAGGAGGGACUUCACCAGAAGAAAACUAUGAAAAAAUUUCUGAUUGGGUUAGAAUGUUAGUGAAUAAUGAUUGGUCAACAGACAUAUUAGAUGUAGAGAUCUUGGCUUCAAGAGAGGGGCAUAAUGAGAUGAUGAAGCUGACUGAGAUAGCUCUGCAGUGUACAGAUAUGGCACCAGAGAAACGGCCUAAGAUGAGUGAAGUAUUGAUAAGGAUAGAAGAGAUUGAUCGAACAAACCGAGGAAAUGACUAGAAAGAGAAUAUGUUGAAGCUCUGCUAAUUCCCCAUUCUGGCGAUAACUUGGCCUUGCAUGGUGUGACCAUC